UGUAAUUGCUUUAGAUUACAAUGGCUUUGAGACUUAUAAAUACGUUCAAGCCUUGGCCCAAGCUCAUAGAUCUGAUCGAUGUUCCAUUAUCUCAUAUCCCUGAACCUGUCUACAAAACAUCAGUCGAUUGGCUCCACCAAUUUCCUAUUGGGACACUCGCUCCCUUUGUAUUGUGGUCGUUGAAUCAUAUUCUCACGAAUUUGGAACCAGGAGGUCCCAAAGGUGGGGACAAUGGUCAGCAACGUACUACUUCCAAAUCUCAUGUUGCAGUAUUUGUUGCACUAGCAAUGAUAUUGCGUAUUGAACCUAAUACUUUGGUUAUUGUAUUGCCGACUCUCAAGGAGUACAAGUAUCGAGGACAUGACAAGCUUCCGAUUAUAGUUUGGAUGGUGGCUCAGGCCUCCCAAGGUGAUUUAUCUGUAGGCUUGCAUUCAUGGGCGUCUAACUUGUUACCACUAGUACUAGUCGAUAGCAACCCUCACUCAAUGGAUCUCAUCCUGCAGUUGGUUGAGAAGAUUUUGUCUACUCCAAAUGCUCGGACCAUACUUUUAAAUGGAGUUAUUAUAGAGGAACUGCGACUGGUUUCACCUUAUGCAUUUGAGAUCUUGAUGCGGCGUGCAUUCCCAUCCGCAAGAGUAAAGGCUACAGAGAGGUUUGAGGCAAUUUAUCCCUUGUUGAAGGAAGUGGCUCUUGCCGGUGAACCAGGAAGCGAGUCAAUGAAACAAGUCACUCAACAAAUAUUCUAUUGUUCUUUGGUAAUAGCUGGAAAAGGAAAUCCUGCUUUAGCCACGGAAGCUACAGCAAUGGCUAUCUGGCUAAAGAAUAAAAAAGCCACCACUGAAGCUGACAAAUUUGCUCCGGUCGGAGAGAGAUCUCAACGAAAGUCAUCGUCACUCCCAGAAAGAAACUCACAGGUUAUAAUGGCGAAGCUAAGGCCUAGACAGUUGGAACUGAGCAAGACUGUUCCUUCCAAGUUGGGAUUUGAUGGAGAAGAAGACGCUUGGGUCUUUGUUAAAAAGCAGAGAAUCAUCAUUGUUUUGCCUUCUCUUCCACUACCUGAACAACAUCUCACUAUGGAGAAACCUGCAAUAACUUCUCAAUUAGAAGCUGAGUUAAGAGAAAGCAUGGAGGAUACGCAAGAAAGUACUUUUCUUCCCACUGUGGUACCUUCUCUUCCUCUGCCUGAACAUUUCAUUAUGCACAAGCCUGAAAAUUCUGAGUCUCAAGUUGAGUUAAGAGACGUUCUUGCGAAUACGCACAAAACUACUACUCCGGUUCCCACUGUGGUGGUACCUGCUCUUUCUCUACCUGAACAAUUCAUUUUGCACAAGCCUGAAACUUCUCAAUCACUAGUUGAGUUCAGAGACUGUAUUGCGGAUUCGCACGAAACUACUCCUCUUUAUACAGUGGUGCCUUCUCUUCCGGUAACUGAACAUUUCACUUUGCAGAAGCCUGCAUCUUCUCAGUCACAAGUUGAGUUAAGAGACUUUAUUGUGCAUGGAACUACUCCUCUUCAAACUGGGAUGUCACCUCUUCUAUUACCUGAGCACUUCGUUUUGCAGAAGCCUGCAACUUCUCAAUCACAAGCGGAUACACAGGAAGCUACUCUUUUUCACACAGCGAUGCCUUCUCUUCCUGUACCUGAACAUUGCACUUUGCAGGAGCCUACAACUUCUAAAUCACAAGCUGAGUUAAGAACGGAAACACACAAAGCUACUCUUGUUCACACAGUGAUGCCUUCUCUUCCUGUACAUGAACAUUACAUUCUGCAGAAGCCUGCAACUUCUCAUUCACAAGGUGAGUUAAGAACGGAGACAGACGAAGCUACUCCUUUUUACACAGCGAUGCCUUCUCUUCCUGUACCUGAACAUUACAGUCUACAGAAGCCUUCAACUUCUCAAUCACAAGCUGAGUUAAGAGCGGAUAUGCGCAAAGCUACUCUUGUUCACACAGUGGUGCCUUCCCUUCCUGUAACUGAACAUUGCACUUUGCAGAAGCCUGCAACUUCUCAAUCACAAGUUGAGCUGAGAGACCUGGUUGCGGAUACCCACGAAGCUAGUCGUGUUCACAUUGUGGAACCUGAGGCUUGUCCUGAUUUCACCUCAGUAGACAAACCAGAUAUAGUUACGAGUCGCAGUCUCACAGCCAGGAAAGCUCCAGCUCCAAAGAGAUCACUGAAAGAUUGUAGAAUGAAUCAAGAUAGAAGAGUGGAGGAGAUUCACAGGAGACGUGCGGGUCACAAGCCCAUAAGGUUUCCAAGAGUGAUGUGCAGCUCUGUUGUUAUGGAUAAUGAGAAGCUGAGAGUUUUGAAUCUGGAGAAGAAGGUUGAGAAAGCAGGCGGGUUGAACGAAUGGGUUGGAUCUAUAGGAUUAGGGAGAGAGUUUGAGAGGAUGUUGAGAGGACAGAGGAUGAGUAAGUUUCAGAUGGCGAAUUUGACAAUGGAGAAGCUGAAGCAGAUGGGUGCUUUAGCAGUUGGACCAAGAAGAAAGCUUAUACAUGCAAUUGGUUGUGUCUAUCACCCACAUUGUCUACGUGCUUCCUUUAACUAUCUAUGAAAGUUUAGUUAUUUAAUUGGGUCCAAUAAAACUUAGCUAUGCUU